AUGCGCACGCUCUUCUCCCUGCUGUCACUCGCCGCGGCGGCCCGCGCGCUCUACUUCUACAUCGACGUUACCCAGCCCAAGUGCUUUUACGAGGAGCUGCCCAAAGACACGCUGGUCGUGGGCCACUACGUUGCCGAGGAAUACGACGACCACCGUCAGGUCUGGGCCAAGCAUGACGGCAUCAGCAUCUACAUUUCUGUCGACGAGGUCUUCGACAACGACCACCGCGUCGUCUCCCAACGCGGCGGCCCCUCGGGCAAGUUCACCUUCACUUCAGCCGAGGCAGGCGACCACAAGAUAUGCUUCACCCCUUCGUCAUCCAGCGGCCGCAGCAACUGGCUGUCGGUAUCGGCGCCAAACGGCGGCAUCCGUCUGACGCUGGACAUUGCAAUUGGCGAGACGAGCGCCAUGGACGGCGCCGACAAGGGCAAAAUUGCGGACUUGGCGACGCGCGUAAAGGAUCUAAAUGCGAGGUUGAAUGAUAUUCGAAGGGAGCAGGUCUUCCAGCGGGAACGCGAAGCCGAGUUCCGCGACCAGUCCGAGUCGACCAACGCGCGUGUUGUGCGCUGGAUCCUGAUCCAGCUGACCGUGCUCGGCGUCACCUGUGCCUGGCAGCUGUCGCAUUUGCGGUCCUUCUUCAUCAAGCAGAAGCUUACCUAA